CGCUUUAGGCCCCCCUCGCUGAGGAGAGGAAGGAGACGCGGCGCUCUCGGAACCGCCUUCCAGAGUCGGCGAUGGCGACUCCAUGCCGGACCCCUCCGCCCGGGCUGCUGCUGCUGCUCCUGGCGCUGAUGGACGGAGGCGGCGGGGCCGGAGGCGGAGGCUCCUCUGCGCUGCCCGCCGGCUGCAAGCAGGACGGAGGCGGCGGCGGCGGCGGCCGCCCCAGGAGCAGCAAGCCCUCGCCGCCGGCCGAAGCGGGAGGAGGAGGAGGAGGAGGAGGGAAGGUGGUCUGUAGCAGCCUGGAGCUGGCCCACGUCCUGCCUCCCGACGCGCUGCCCAACAGGACGGUCACCCUGAUUCUGAGCAACAAUAAAAUAUCAGGAUUGAAGAAUGGAUCCUUCACUGGAUUAAGUUUUCUUGAACGAUUGGACCUCAAGAACAAUCUCAUUAGCGUUAUAGAUCCAGGAGCUUUUGUAGGACUUUCGUCUCUAAAAAGAUUAGACUUAACGAACAACCAGAUAGGUUGCCUGAAUGCAGAUAUAUUUAAAGGACUUGCAAACCUCAUUAGACUGAAUCUUUCAGGAAAUUUGUUUUCAUCGCUUGCGCAAGGAACAUUUGAUCAUCUAACUUCACUGAAGUCUCUAGAAUUUCAGACUGAUUAUCUCCUGUGCGAUUGUAAUAUGUUGUGGAUGCAACAGUGGUUGCAAGAAAGAAAUAUAACUGUUCGUGAGACCAGAUGUGCUUAUCCUAAGUCGCUGCAGGCGCAACCCAUUUUGAGUGUUAAGCAGGGGCUUCUAACAUGUGAUCCCCCUCUGGAAUUACCAUCUUUCUACAUGACUCCCUCUCAUCGUCAGGUUGUAUUUGAAGGAGAUAGUUUGCCCUUCCAGUGCAUGGCUUCAUAUAUUGACCAGGACAUGCAGGUUCUAUGGUAUCAGGAUGGGAAGAUCGUUGAAACUGAUGAAUCCCAAGGAAUUUUUGUUGAAAAAAACAUGAUUCAUAACUGCUCACUCAUUGCAAGUGCCCUGACCAUCUCAAAUAUUCAGGCUGGAUCUACUGGAAACUGGGGGUGUCAUGUGCAUACCAGACGUGGGAAUAAUUCAAGGACUAUUGACAUUGUGGUACUGAACAGCUCUGCACAGUACUGUCCACCGGAAAGGGUUGUCAACAAUAAAGGCGACUUCAGGUGGCCCCGAACAUUGGCAGGCAUUACUGCAUACCUGCUGUGCACUCGUUACUCGGCUGGCAGUGGGAUAUAUACUGGCAACUCUCAGGAUGAGAAAAGAGCUUGGCGCAGAUGUGAUAGAGGAGGAUUCUGGGCUGGAGAGGAUUACUCUCGCUGCCAAUAUGCAAAUGAUGCCACUCGAGUCCUGUAUAUGUUUAAUCAGAUGCCCUUGAACCUCACAAACGCUGUAGCAACAGCUCGGCAGCUAUUAGCUUAUACUGUUGAAGCAGCAAACUUUUCUGACAAAAUGGAUGUUAUUUUUGUGGCUGAAAUGAUAGAAAAAUUUGCCAGAUUUGCUGAAAAAUACAAAGAGCUUGGUGAUGUGAUGGUUGAUAUUGCAAGUAAUAUAAUGCUCGCUGAUGAACACAUCUUGUGGAUGGCGCAGAGGGAAGCCAAAGCAUGCACUCGAAUUGUACAGUGCUUGCAAAGGAUUGCUACGUACCGGCUAGCUAAUGGGGCUCAAGUUUAUUCAACGUACUCUCCCAAUAUUGCCAUGGAAGCUUAUGUAAUAAAAGGUUCUGGCUUCACUGGAAUGACCUGCACUGUGUUCCAGAAAGUGGCUGCAACUGACCGCACAGGAAUGCCUGACUAUGGGCGAAGAGAUUUGGAUGGAAGUCUUGAUAAGCAGCUGGGCUUUAAGUGCAAUGUCUCGAAUACAUUGUCAAGCCUGGCACUUAAGAACACUAUUGUGGAGGCCUCUAUACAAUUGCCACCUGCUCUUUUUUCACAAAAGCGUAAAAGAGAAAUCAGGCCAACAGAUGACACUGUCUACAAGCUUCAACUUAUUGCAUUCCGGAAUGGGAAACUUUUCCCAGCAACGGGCAAUUCAACAACCUUAGCUGCUGACAGAAAACGUCUCAGUGUGGUGACACCAGUUAUCCUCACCAAAAUAGAUGGCUUAAGCCUACCCCAUCAGCACAUUCCAAUUAAUGUGACUUUACGGCGCAUUGCACAUGGAGCAGAUGCUGUGGCAGUACAGUGGGACUUUGAUUUGCUGAAUGGACAAGGAGGUUGGAAAUCAGAUGGGUGCCACAUUCUUUCUUCAGAUGAAAACGUCACUACUAUACAGUGCUACUCGCUUAGUAACUAUGCAGUCUUGAUGGAUUUGACAAGAUAUGCCCAGUCAGUUGACCUUCUACAUCCAGUUAUCUAUGUCUCUGCCGUGAUUCUCCUGAUGUGCCUCUUGAUAAUCAAAAUUAGCUACAUAUAUCACCACAGUGUCAUCAGGAUCAGCCUUAAAAGCUGGCAUAUGUUAGUUAACCUCAGCUUCCAUAUUUUCCUGACAUGUGUGAUGUUUGUUGGAGGCAUAACCCAGAGCAAAAAUGCUAGCAUCUGCCAAGCUGUUGGGAUAAUCCUGCAUUAUUCUACACUUUCUACAUUACUGUGGAUGGGAGUCACUUCUAGGAACAUCUAUAAGCAAGUCACUAGGAAAGUGAAGAGGUGUCAAGAUCCUGAUGAACCACCACCACCUCCUAGGCCAAUGCUGAGGUUCUACCUAAUUGGUGGAGGAAUCCCCAUCAUAGUUUGUGGGAUAACAGCUGCUGCAAAUAUAAGGAAUUAUGGAAACAGACCUAACUCGGCUUAUUGUUGGAUGGCAUGGGAACCAAGCUUGGGAGCUUUUUACGGACCUGCCAGCUUCAUCGUUUUCGUAAACUGCAUGUAUUUUCUCAGCAUAUUUAUACAACUGAAAAGGCACCCUGAGCGUAAAUUUGAGCUUAAAGAGCCAGCUGAGGAGCAGCAGCGUUUAGCAACCAAUGAACAUGGCAACCUGAACCAUCAAGAUUCAAUGUCUGUGUCUCUGGUUUCCACUUCAGCUUUGGAAAAUGAACAUAGUUUCCAUGCACAGCUUGUGGGUGUGAGCCUCACUUUAUUUCUCUAUGUGGCUCUGUGGAUUUUGGGGGCCUUUGCUGUUUCUUUAUAUUAUCCUUUGGAUUUGGUUUUUAGUUGCUUUUUUGGAGUCAUGUGUCUAAGCCUUAGUGCUUUUCUAAUAAUACAUCAUUGCAUUAACAGAGAAGAUGUCAGACAUGCUUGGAUAACAACCUGCUGCCCUGGAAGGACCACAUACUCAGUACAGGUUAAUAUUCAGCCCUCUUCCAGUGCAAAUGGGACAAAUGGAGAACCUGCCAAAUGCACCAAUAGCAGUGCGGAGUCGUCAUGCACCAAUAAAAGUGCAUCAAGCUUAAAAAAUUCUUCUCAAGGUUGUAAACUAACUAACAUACAGGCUGCAGCAGCGCAGUGUCCUCCGGGCUCCUUAGCACUGAACACCGGCCCUCCACUUGAUAACAGUCUUACUGAACACUCAGUAGACAAUGAGAUCAAAAUGCAUGUGGCCCCUUUAGAGGUACCUUUACGGACAAAUGGCCACCCAGGCCGCCAUCACAAAAACAGGAGUAAAGGACACCGUGCCAGCAGACUGACGGUCUUGCGCGAGUAUGCUUAUGAUGUUCCCACUAGUGUAGAAGGAAGCAUCCAAAAUGGCGUACCUAAAACUCGUCAAAGUAUCAGCGAAGGCCAUUCAAGGAGCCGAAGAGCUUAUCUGGCCUACAGAGAACGGCAGUAUAACCAGUCCCAGCAAGACAGCAGUGACGCUUGUAGCACUCUUCAAAAAGGCCACAGAAAUACUGAAAAGACAGUGCCAGCAAACUUCAAAAAGGAUGUACUGAGAAAACCAAUAGUGGUUGAGCUGGAAGGGCAGCAGAAGUCCUACGGUUUGAAUUUAGCUGUCCAGAACGGGCCACUGAAAAGCAGUGCCCAGGAUGGGACAUUACUCAGUGCUGACAGCACUGGCAAUAUCAGGACUGGGUUGUGGAAACAUGAAACUACUGUGUAGUGCUACUGGACAUCCUUGAAAGGAUUUAAAAGGAGCAUUCCUUUUAUGCUAGGAAUAAUUUCCCACAGUUUACAAAAAUGAGUACUUUGAAUUGGGAGACUAUUGGGGAAGGGUGACUGGCCAUGUGAAAAUAUUUUAUACUUUUUUGAAGUAUAGCUGUGACAUUUUUACAAAGACCUGUUGCUCUUCUGCGAAUCUUCCAUUAUCAGGUUCUGUUUUGAGGUACAGAAUUGGACACUUAAUGUUUAUUUUUACAUGUAACAUUCUCUCUUAGGUACGUCCAACACAUUUCACUUUUAUAUUUAAAUACGUAAAAUAAAUAAUUUUCUCUACAA